UUCCUUUCGUUGAACAUCAGUUGGAGAGCUUCAAGCAUAGAUGAUUUAGGACCACGGCGCGAGACACUGAAUGGUUUUGAAUUGCCCGCAUUGAAGACGGCAGUUGACCUAAUACUGGCAGUGAUGUCGGCCGUGAUACUUCAGGUGGGUCAAUGUGGAAAUCAAGUGGGCCUUGAAUGGUGCGAGAUGCUGUCAAAGACCUCCGAACAAUGCGGACAUGGGUCUCCUUACAUCACGAAAGAAGGCACCUUGGCAGUGGUCUGUGUAGACAGUGAUCCCAAGGUUUUGAGAAGAGCUCAGCGGCUGGUUAGGAAUAAAACGUUACUUGAGUCCAAUAUUGUCCAAGGAAAAGGAGGCAGAGGAAACAACUGGGCUUAUGGCUACCAUGGACACUGGGUUGAAGAGGGUGAUCAGCUGCUCCAACAGGCAAUGGAGGCUGUGAGGCAGGAGGCAGAGAGACGUGAUUACUAUGGUGGAACUAUAAUGUUGCACAGUGUCAGUGGAGGCACGGGAUCUGGACUGGGCUCACGGCUUUGUGAGGAGAUUCGUGCAGAGUUUCCUGUGAGUCACAUUCUCACAGUCUCUGUGGUCCCCCAUCAGAGUGGAGAGAGCCCACUCCAGCACUACAACACCCUACUGAGCCUGGCUGCUCUACACAGAAGUUCUGAUGCCAUCCUCCUCUUUCACAAUGACCAGGCCCUCAGCUACAGCAGGGACCUACAGAAGAAGGUUUCCGGCACAUUUGGACUUUCUAGUGGUCUGGCGCAAGGCACUCUUUCAUUCAUGAAUAAACAUAUUGUCUCAUGUAUCGCUGGACUUCUGCUACCUGUUCACAACCUCACAACAGCCAGCAAUUGGAGUUUAGGUGUGGAGCCUUGGGAGCUGAUUCGGUCUGUGUGCCCAAUGCCUGCAGCUAAACUCCUGUCCAUCACCCAGGCAGGCUCCAGAGAAAAACUGAAAUGGGACAGUUUGGCAAGCAGCACUCUCCAAUCUGUACCACAGGUGUCUCUCGCAGGGAGAUCUUACACCAGUCGGGCUGUUCUUGCAGUGGCAAGAGGUGACCAGGACAACUCUUUUAUAAUGUCCAGUGCACUAAAUAAACUAAAGCGAGGACAUCGUUGUGUAGCAUGGAACCCCUUCCCCGUCGAUCACUGGACAGUGUGUGUAAUUCUGUGCUUAUUUUCAGAUCCUUGUAAUGAGGUUUGUUUGUCACCAAAUGCACACCUUCUUACGGUUUGCUCCAAUCACAGCAGUGUCACCUCUUUGCUCGAUCACGUGGUGCACCGAACAAAAGAGAUGAUUUGUGUGCGAGCUUAUCUACACUGGUAUGAACGCUAUGGUGUGGAGGAUCAAGACUUUCAGCAGGCUGUGGAAACUCUCCUGAAAGUCGUGGAGGAGUAUGAUGCACAUUGACAUCAGUUCAGCACUGUCGUAGACUGUAUUUUCAGACAAAAUCACUUGCAAAAAAACAUAACAAACGAAUUGGUGAAACUAUAAAAUAAUGUAAAAAAGCUCACACUACUGGAAAAUGCUUGUCAUCAUUCUUUUGUGGCACUUUCUUUUGUAUUCCUACUAUUGCUUUUUUUUAUUCAGUGGGUUCUGUGACCCUGUGUUUGCACCUACAUGAGAAUUAUAGAGUUGUAAUUUAAUUCUGUGUCUAUUAAAUAUACAAAAAAUGA